AUGAAAGAACAACAAAUACCAGGAUGUGCCUUUGCUCUCUCUUACAAAGGGCAACUUAUAUAUAAGCAAGGAAUCCUGUCAAACUUCAAGCGUACUUCAAAAGGGGACCGACGUCUUCACCAAAUCACCAUUCAUCACUUGCUACAACACAGUGCAGGAUGGGAUCGUGACAGGGUUGGUGAUGCAGUGUUUUGGGAUCUUGAUAAAGUUGUUAAAAAGAAAGAAGCCACAGCCCAGGAUACAACCCUCCGAUAUAUGAUGAGUAAAAAACUGCAAUUUGCACCUGGUAAAAGACACAGCUAUUCUAACCUUGGUUAUUUGGUUUUGGGGAAAGUGAUUGAAAAAAUUGCAGUUUGCUCUUAUGAAAAUUUCAUGAAAGAUCUUCUUUCUCAGCUUGGCAUUCAAAACAUGGUGGUUGGCAGUAACAGUGUUUCAUAUUACACCCAAGAUGAGGUAGAAUACUACAAUAACCCAUCACCAAAUUCAGAUCCUUCUGGAUUUGCCAAAAAGGCUUGGAUGCCAACCAACUCAAAAUCAGUUGUCAUGGAUGGAACUGCAGCAUAUGGAGGAUGGAUCUUUCAAUGCAACAUGAGAGCAGAAAGCAUUGAUUGGACCACACUAUGGAAUUAA